AUGAGCACAGACGACCCCAUUGAGAUGAUCCGAGCCCUGCAGCAAAAAAUGGAUGAAAUGCAGCAGCAUCAUGAGAGCGAACUGGCGGCUGUUAAGGCCGAUUGUGAAGCCCGGAUAGCCCGGGAGGUUGGGAAGACAGACGGCAGGGAGGAGCGAGCGAAGAAUAAGGAAGCGACGACGGCGGGAGAACACACACUCCGGGAUACCGAGCAUGAUAGCACCUGGAGGCCUACCGGGUCCGAAGCUGAAGGAAGCAAGGCGAAAUCGGUGCGUGCGGAGAGCGCCGCCGAGGACGGGCAGAUGGUAGUCAAGUCGGAGCCGUCAUCCGCCUUGUUGCUUCCAUUCACCCAGAGCAUAAUGAAUGUCCAAAUCUCGGAGCAAUUUGUGGCUCCGCAGUUCAAAACUUAUAACGGGACAACGGAUCCUGCGUCCCAUAUCCAGACGUUCUCGAACGCAAUGGCGUUCCGAACGGGCAAUGAAGCCAUUUGGUGUCGGGCGUUCUCGCUCUCAUUAGAGGACGAAGCAUUGGAAUGGUUUAAUACUCUCCCCCCUAAUUCAAUAGAAAACUUUACCGGGUUAAAGCAACUAUUCAUCAAACAAUUCGCGGCCAGUAGUACCCAGGACUUGACCGUAUUCGAAUUAAUGACCCUCAAGCAGGGGAAGGAUGAAACGCUGCGGACGUUUAUGGACAGGUAUCAGAAGACCGUUCGACGCGUUAAGAGCCUGACGCCAGAGCUCGCCCUUCACUAUAUCCUGCCGGCUCUGAAGCCAGGACCGUUUAAGGAUAGCGUCUGCAGGCGAGCGCCCAAAACAAUGGAGGAGUUAAGGGAACGGGCGGCGGACGAGAUAAGGGUGGAAGAGAUGAAACUCUCCUACAGAAAAGAGAAUCAAGAAGCCAGAGAACCAAGGACGGACGGUAAUAAGCCCGGCUCUUCGACGGGAAAAACGUCCGGUCCUAGGCCCCGGGAGCAGAGAAAAGGGCCCCGUUUCCCACAGUAUACACCUCUAAAUGCCUCGAGGGAGAAAAUUCUCCGAGAUGCCCUGAGUGCGGAAUUGAUACCGGAGCGGGAAGCGAACCCGACUCCGAAGAAUGCUGAUUGGAGCAAACACUGUGCGUACCAUAAAAAUAUGGGUCAUACCACCGAGGAUUGCUGGACCCUCCGGGAUAAGAUAGAAGAGCUCAUCCGGGCGGGAAAGCUUAAAAAAUACGUACGUGAGGAGCGCCCGCCGCAAUCAACUGAACGGCCUGCUCAAAGGUCGACGUACCGAAAGGAGAAGCCGAGGAGCGCGCGAGCGGAACGACCCCGCUCAGAGAGGCGACCAAGCCGAAGUCGAAGCCGCAGCCGUGAACGUCCCUUGAGGGGACAUAUCAACACUAUUUCCGGAGGAUUCGCGGGAGGAGGAUCGUCUUCCUCCGCCCGUAAACGACAUGUUCGGGCCCUCCAAUCCGUGCAUUUAGUGGACAAGCCACGCCGCUCCAUGCCACCCAUUACCUUUUCGGACGAGGACUUUCACGCCCCUGAUCCUGACCAGGACGACCCGAUGGUCAUAACGGCAGAGAUAGCGCGGUAUGGGAUCAGUAAGGUUCUGGUUGACCAAGGAAGCUCGGUCAACAUCCUCUAUUGGAAGACCUUCCUGCAGAUGGAUAUCUCGGAGGACCUCAUCGUCCCUUAUGAUGGGCAGAUAGUGGGCUUCGCGGGAGAAAGGGUCGACACAAGGGGAUACGUGGAAUUGAGAACAAGGUUGGGAACCGGACGCUCCAGCGAGGAGAAGAGGGUCCGGUACCUGCUGAUAGAGGCCAACACGUCGUACAACGUGCUGCUCGGAAGACCGUGCCUAAACGCGUUUGGGGCAAUUGUCUCUACCCCUCACCUCACAAUGAAGUAUCCCUCCGAAAAGGGAGCUAUUUGCACGGUUCGGGCGGACCAGAAGACGGCCAGGGAAUGCUACGCGGCGGGGUUGAAACUGCACGCUCGGCCUGUGAAAAGAAGGGCGGCCGGCUCCGAGGUUGCCAUGGCAGACCUCGACCCGAGGACGAAUACCGAGGACCGGCUGGAGCCCAUUGGAGAAACCCAACCCAUCCUGAUAGGAAGGGAACCCGCUCAGACCACCCUCAUCGCCAGGGAGCUGAACCCCGAGGUGGAAAAGGAGCUAAGGGCACUACUAUGGAAGAACCGGGAUCUAUUUGCGUGGACGGCAGCGAAUAUGCCGGGCAUCCAUCCCGCGGUGAUGUGCCACAAGCUCUCCCUUUUCCAGAACGCCCGCCCAGUCGCACAGAAAAAGAGAAGAAUGGGCGAGGAAAAACGGAAAGCUGUCGAGGAGGAAGUAGGAAAGCUGAAGAAAGCUGGUUUUGUUCGGGAAGUCACGUACACCACGUGGCUGGCUAACGUGGUCAUGGUAAAAAAGGCCAAUGGAAAGUGGCGCAUGUGCACAGACUACACGGACCUGAACAAAGCCUGCCCGAAAGAUUCGCACCCCCUACCCAGUAUAGACGCCCUGGUGGACGGCGCUUCUGGGCAUCGGGUCCUAAGCUUUCUAGAUGCAUAUUCCGAGUACAACCAGAUACCCAUGUACGGGCCGGACGUCGAGAAGACGACGUUCAUAACGGAGAAGUCCAACUUCUGUUACGAAGUCAUGCCGUUCGGUUUGAAGAAUGCCGGGGCGACGUAUCAGCGCCUGAUGGACAGGAUUUUCCGAGACCAGAUAGGCCGGUGCAUGGACGUCUACGUCGACGACAUGGUCGUCCGGUCCGCAGAAGGAGAGGGACACAUCAGAGACCUUGAGGAGGUGUUUCGACAAGUAAGGAAGUUCGACAUGCGCCUAAACCCCGUCAAAUGUACAUUUGGGGUAGCUGCCGGAAAGUUCUUGGGCUUCAUGUUAACAUCCCGGGGAAUCGAGGCCAACCCGGACAAGUGCGAAGCGAUAUUACAGAUGCCAAGUCCGACAACCCUGAAAGAGAUCCAAAGACUGGUCGGACGCCUCACCGCUUUGUCCCGCUUUAUCCCCAACCUGGCGGAUAGGCUGAGGCCGGUCCUCCGGAAAUUGAAAAAAGGGGCCGGCCCAACCUGGGACGACGAGUGCGAACAAGCGUUUCAGGACGUAAAAACAAUCCUUGUUAACCCGCCGGUCAUGAAUCGCCCAGUCCCAGGAGGAGAUCUGCACAUCUUCCUGGGAGUGUCAGAGACGGCUAUUAGUGCCGUGUUAAUGCAAGAAAGGCCUCAGCCGAGGUUAAUUUAUUUUGUGAGUCGCACGCUCCUCGACGCCGAAACCCGAUACCAACGGGUAGAAAAGGUGGCCUUAGCUUUGCUGCACGCCUCCCGAAGGCUCCGACCUUACUUCCAAAGCCAUCAGGUGAUAGUCAGGACCGAUUUCCCCAUCUCCAAGAUCCUAAGGAAGCCGGACUUGGCCGGACGGAUGGUCGCCUGGGCGGUUGAGCUUUCAGAGUUCGGUUUGCGGUAUGAGCCGAGAGGAUCGGUCAAGGGCCAACACUUAGCAGAUUUCGCGGCCGAGUUACCCCCGUCCGGCCAAGACGAGUGGAGUUUGUAUGUGGACGGAGCGUCCGGUCGAUCGGUCAGCGGGGCCGGCGUCGUACUCGAGGGCCCCAACGGAUUCCUACUAGAGCAUUCCUUGAUCUUCAAAUUCAAGGUAUCCAACAAUCAGGCCGAGUAUGAGGCCUUAGUGGCCGGCCUCGAGCUGGCGAAAGACAUGGGAGCCAGAAGAAUCACCUGCCGGACGGACUCAGAGCUGGUGGUGGGUCAGAUGAAUGGCAACUUCCAAGUUCGAGAGGAGCGUCUAUUAAGAUACUUCCAGCGAGAAACGGACCUCGCAAGAGCAUUUGAUAAGUUGGACAUACAACACAUUCCCAGAGAACAAAACACACGGGCGGACGUACUGUCCAAGCUUAGUUCGGGAAAGGAGAAGGGGCAAUUAACCACUGUCGUGCGGCAAGUUCUACUCCAGCCUUCAGUUGAAUGUUCGGCGGUGUCUGACGGAGGAAAAGAUUGGAGAGCAGAAAUCCGAGAAAUCAUGACCCGCCAGGAUGAAGGGCGGACGGUAGGACCAAGGGAGGCUAAGAAGGUCGCCCGAUAUCUCGAGGUGGGUGACGACCUGUAUCGCAGAGGAUUCUCCUCCCCUCUCCUUAAAUGCUUGGGAGAGGCAGAGGCACUUUACGUUAUGGACGAACUCCAUAAUGGCAUUUGCGGUCUUCACACAGGAUGGCGAGCGUUAAAAGCCCGGAUACUGAGAGCCGGAUACUACUGGCCUACUGUGGAAGCCGACACAAAAACGUUCGUCCAAAAAUGCGUUCGCUGCCAAGAGCAUUCCAACAGCUCCCACCUACCUCCACACGCUCUCCACUCAAUGACAUCCCCGUGGCCGUUCGCCCAAUGGGGUAUGGAUAUCGUUGGACCGUUCCCAUUAGGACAGGCGCAGAAGAAAUUCCUCCUGGUGGCGGUGGAUUACUUCACGAAAUGGGUAGAAGCCGAGCCCCUGGCAACCAUUACAGCCGCCCAAGUCCAGAAGUUUUGCUGGAAAUUGGCACGUCACCAGCUCGGUCGAGCACCCCCAGACGAAUGGGCAAGCGGAAGCAAUGAUAAGACCAUAGUCUCGGAGCUUAAACGGCGCCUAGGAGAAAAGAAGGGAGCGUGGGUGGACGAGUUACCCGAGGUCCUAUGGGCAUACAGAUGCACGCCCCAUGGGACCACUGGUGAAACCCCUUUCAACUUAACCUAUGGCACUGACGCUAUGUUACCAGUCGAACUGGGGGAGCCGUCCCUUAGGCGUCAAGUCGAUGACCUGAACCUCAACGACCAAGAGCUGAGGAUUGAGUUGGACUCUCUAGAUGAACGACGAGACCGGGCCGCAUUGAGGGCCGAAGCCUGCAAGCGCAUGGUUGAAAGAAAGUACAACUCCAAGGUCCGGCCAAGAAGCUUCCAGGAGGGGGAUCUAGUAUGGAGAAAAGCAGGGGACGCCCGCCGAAACCCAGCCCACGGGAAGUUUGCAGCCAAGUGGGAAGGGCCGUUCCGCGUAGUGGAGACCCUGGGAAACGGGGCUUACAGGCUACAACGCAUGAACGGACAUCUGAUCCCCAACACCUGGAACGCCACGCACUUAAAGUUUUACUUCAGUUAG